GGGUGAGACACGGACGACACGCAGAGAGGCGCCGGGUCAACGCGCCAGGUAGCAACGCCUCGGAACAGCCGUCGACGUAGUCCUCGUCCUCGCCGUCUCCAAGCGGCGCGGGCUGGUGUCGUGCUUUUCCUCCUCACGAGAACGCCGACAGACGCGGCGACUCCGGGGGACAAACAUGGGUUCCUUCCACGUCGCCUCCUGGAGCUUCGCCCUCCUCGCGGCCACGGUCGCCUUGCUGCCCGCCACGCAUCGCGCACCCUUCGCAUACGCCGCAACUGGCGGCGGCAGUAUGCUGGGCGACGUGAACAUCUCGGCGAUACUGGACUCGUUUUCCGUCAGUUACGAUAAAAGAGUAAGGCCGAACUACGGAGGUCCUCCCGUCGAGGUGGGCGUCACCAUGUACGUCUUGAGUAUCAGCUCCCUAUCCGAAGUGAAAAUGGACUUCACGUUGGAUUUUUACUUCCGACAAUUCUGGACGGACCCGCGACUCGCGUUCAAGCAGCGAACGGGCGUCGAGACGCUCAGCGUCGGCUCCGAAUUCAUCAAGAAUAUUUGGGUACCCGACACCUUCUUCGUCAACGAGAAGCAGUCGUACUUUCACAUCGCUACCACCAGCAACGAGUUCAUUCGUAUUCAUCACUCGGGAAGCAUCACGCGUAGUAUACGCUUAACGAUUACAGCGUCGUGUCCCAUGAACUUGCAGUAUUUCCCGAUGGACCGGCAACUGUGCCAAAUCGAGAUCGAGAGCUUUGGAUACACAAUGCGCGAUAUUCGGUACAAAUGGAACGCCGGCCUACAGUCGGUCGGCAUGUCGAACGAGGUGGAACUACCGCAGUUUCGCGUGCUCGGUCACAGGCAACGACAGACAACCAUACACCUAUCUACAGUCGGAUACACGAUGAGGGACAUCCGGUACAAGUGGAACGAGGGCCCGAACAGCGUCGGGGUCAGCAACGAGGUCUCCCUCCCUCAGUUCAAGGUCCUCGGUCACCGGCAGCGUGCCAUGGAGAUUAGUCUUACCACCGGGAAUUACUCGCGGCUGGCCUGCGAGAUCCAGUUCGUACGGUCGAUGGGCUACUACCUGAUCCAGAUCUACAUACCCUCGGGGCUGAUUGUCAUAAUAUCGUGGGUGAGCUUUUGGCUAAACCGAAACGCGACCCCCGCUCGGGUGGCCCUCGGAGUAACCACUGUGCUCACUAUGACGACCCUAAUGUCCUCGACGAACGCAGCGCUACCAAAGAUCUCCUACGUCAAGUCCAUCGACGUCUAUCUGGGCACCUGCUUCGUCAUGGUCUUUGCCUCGUUGCUCGAAUACGCUACGGUGGGCUACAUGGCGAAGAGGAUUCAGAUGCGGAAGAAUCGAUUCCAAAAGAUAGCGGAGAGCAUGAAGGCCGCGAGCGAGAACCCAGGACCGCCGCGCGUGCCCGGCGAUCAUGGCGAUCACGCGCCUAAACAAACUGAGGUGCGGUUCAAGGUGCACGACCCAAAGGCACACAGCAAAGGUGGGACACUCGAGAACACCAUAAACGGUCGCGCCGAUGAGGAAACGUCGGGCGCGCCGCAACAUCUUAUACAUCCUGGCAAGGACAUCACCAAGCUCUACGGUAUGAGUAGACCAUGCAUCACGCCGUCGGACAUCGACAAGUAUUCCCGCAUCGUGUUCCCGGUGUGCUUCGUCUGUUUCAACCUGAUGUACUGGAUCAUUUACCUCCACAUCAGCGACGUGGUCGCGGACGACCUCGUGUUGCUCGAGGAGGCCAAAUAAACGACGACGACGACGACGACGACGACGACGUCGCGGCGCUCCGAAUCGAGGGGGAUGGAAGAAGGCGAGAGACAGUGUGCGCAAAGACGAACACUCGCAAGGAGGGACCGGGGACGGAGGCCGACUCGCGGAGAGGGACGAAUUCGAGCGGAGCUUCGAGGAGAACGGAUCGAGGCGUGCUACUCGGCUGACUACUUGGAGGCGAGGUGGGAGAGACGAAUAUAAGAGCGGACAACAACCGGGAACGAGAUCGGCCGUAACGUAGCAGCUCGCGGACGUAACAAGUGCACUCGGAACGUGCGCUUAGAUCUAUCUCGAGAGCGCCGGUCUCCACCACUUGUCCACGACUGGAAGCGGACUAGCAGCGGACGAGCAAUGGGCAGAGAGGCACACACGGGGGCUCGGAGUACUUUGCGAUCACUGGAAAGUAGAAGCAGACGGACGGCCGCGGGCCGUCGCCGUCGCUGACGCCGCCGAGCCGCUCCGAUGGCUGACCAAACACGCGCAUGAUCUACUGCGCGGCAUCAUGGCCACCGCAACCGGUCUCCGGGCGCGAACGAGCUCUCGCACGCCGAUCGGACUCGCGCGCGACCCUCGACUAUCUCCACGAGACGUUCUUCGUUAACGAUCCCGGUAUAUGGAAAAAAAAAUAUAUAUAUAUAUAUGUAUAGGCGCGUCGCGCCGUAUUUACAUAUAGGGAUGUAUCACGUCGCGACGCGGGCGGAGGAGAACGGACAAGCAAGCAAGAGCUCAACACCUCGAAGGCGAACAUACAUACGAUAAAACAUUGCCAGUCUAGGUAUCUCUAGGUCUUAAACGGAGAAAAUACAUUCGAUAUAAACACUUGUCAAUUUAGCCACCAUAUUAUAUAGUAACGUUAACUAACGCUAAGCACGACAGCAAGCGACUCGCGCCGGCGCGAGGCGACGAUUCAAGCGCGGUCGGCAAGAGAAGAGAAGGAAGGAAAAUAAGAUAUAAAAUUAUCGAGACGUGCUCGUCGAGUUCGAGUUUGGAUCGUCGCUCUGACGCUGUGUCGCAGCGCGGACGGAGGAAACGUAACGAAAAUCGUGUGUGGCAUGUGUGCGUGUGCAUGCGUACGAGAAAGAGAGAGGGAGAGAGAGAGA